AUGGAUAUUCCGCAAGAAAUUGAUGAUUACUUACGGGAAUCGAUAGAGUAUUCACUCUGCCUUCUGGUAUCUACACGUACACUGGAACUAAAGCUUCGAUCGUCAGAAGAAGCGCAGAGACAUAUUUGUGACCAAUGCUUCUACCUGAAAUCGAAAUUGAUGGAGAAAGAUAAAACUAUCGACGGUGCUAGGGUUGAAUCAAGCAUGAAUGCACAAGCUGUAAAGAAGUUUAUAGAAGAGAAUCAGAAAUUGGCCUUGGAGUAUGGUAACUUGUUGACUCAGUGUAUAAAAUGGGAAAAAGAAUGUUCAUUGUAUGAUCAAGAUGUUGAAGCUUUAAUGGAGUUUGGAAAUGAGGCUGAAGAAAGGGAAAAACAGGCAGAGUUGCGUGUUCAUUGUUUGGAGGACAAAUUAAGCAAGUUAUCAGAAGAACUGUAAUUUUAUAAGCAUCAAUUUGAGGCACAAAAGGUAAUUCUUAAUUUCUUUCAAAUCUACAUUGCUAUGAAUCAAUGGGGAAAAUUUCAUUCCAUUGUUUAUUAUAUUAUGUUUUCUUUUGUUAUGUCACUCUUGAUAAUAAUCAUAAACGUGUUAAUUAAUGAAAGGUUGACAAAGUAACAUGUCACACCCCCGAACCGGAACGACGGAAACGUCCGGGGGUGGAGGACGUCAUUGUAGAGUAUCAUAACAAUUGUAUAUAAAUGAAACAUAGCAACGC